CCAAAUCCCAACAUAUACUUACCUCGUGGCUAAACACAAAUCGCUAGGAUGACCCCUAUCUCUAUCCAUGCUGAAGCGUCCAAUAAACAUACUUCGGUCGGUCUUAAUGGAGAAGUCUAUGUUGACUUAACCUUUGCCUCAGAGCCACUUGGCCUGCCAGGUCAGGAAGGCUACGGCUGGCCUCAGCUUGACUUCGAUGAAGCUAUUGGCCCAGAAAACCGUUAUGUUAUUUGCAGAAAACUUGGCUGGGGCAUGUCUUCAAGUACAUGGCUUGCCCGAGACAAAAUGGAUAACUCCUAUGUUGCCCUCAAAAUCCUUAAUGGCUUUCACACCGAACUUGUCGAACGCGGCCGCGUUUGGGAACUUGAAGCUCUGCAGCGGAUAUCAUCAUCCCCGUUGAUGCAUUGUCUGCAGCUCAUGUCGCACUUCACCCUUCCCGGAAAGGGCACUGCAGGACAACACCUCUGCCUAGUCACCAAAGUUCUCGGUGGGGAUGUAAAGUCGCUGUUCGAAAAGCAUGGUAUCUUUCCUUUCCCUCUCGCUAAACGCAUCAUUCUACACUUGCUUCGCGGAAUUGCCCAUGCACACAGCCGCGGUGUCAUGCACACCGAUCUGAAGCACAACAACAUUUUUUUCGAUACUCCAAUAUCCAUGGAUGACUUUGACAAGCUUCUCAUGUCUGACCCGCCUCGUCGACAUGUACCCGAAGCUUCUCACGAUGGAUUGGUAGAGGCCACUGUCUCACAGCCGCUUCCUAUCCCUACUCUGCAAGAGGCCAUGCAGCGAACUUUUGUAGUUGCCGACUUUGGCCACGCCCAGCUCAUCGAAAACCACACUGAAAAUAAAAUUUCCCCUCCGCUGCUUUGUCCUCCUGAAAUAAUCAUUGGAGGACCAUGGACUUACGACCACAUUCUGGGCAUCAUGACAGAUCAGUGCACCCUCGAUGCCAACGGAAACUUGAAAUCCUCCUCGAAAGUCAAUGUUUAUCACGAUGCAGAUGACGACGUGCCCAUGGAAGGACCUGAAGCUGCUCCGAAGCCUGAAAUAUCAGACAUAUGGACAUUUGGAUGCUUGAUCUUUGAGCUCAUCACCGGUCGUGCUCUCUUCAAGUAUGAGCUUGAUCCCAAACUCAACCUAGAUGAGCCAAAUCAUAUCCUAUAUCAGAUGCUAUGCUACACAUGCAAAGACAUUCGAGCACAACAGCUCAUGGUCAGCGCUUUGGCUGACCAAUUCUUUGAUACAAACUGUAAUCUCAAAGCUAUACCGAGACUCAUGGAUUACCCUUUCGAGAUAUCCAUUAGGAGUUACAAAGUCAUCGAGGAGGCGGAUGUGCUUUCCACAGCUGCUCUGAUGCUCAGGUGUUUGCGCCUAGAUCCUGCACAACGUGCCAGUGCCGAUGAGUUGCUUUCUGAUCCGUGGUUCAAUGGGGUUGAGUAGAGGUGAAACGACUUGCAGCGAUUCAUGCGAAGAAGUGUCUGGUGUAUCUAGGAGCUAUUUAUCAAAUGAGAUGUUAUCAGAAUGGUGA